CUGCACGGACUGAACCAUUACAUUGACAACGUGCUCCCCCUACAAAUGAACGCAGUGGAGCCACCCAUUACCCGGAAGUACUCCUCUGCCUGCUGAGCCCUCCCUUUCCUCUGGCAGCCAGCGGCGACAAUGGCAAAGAUCAAGGCCCGAGACUUGCGCGGUAAGAAGAAGGAAGAGCUGCUGAAGCAGCUGGAUGACCUCAAGGUUGAGCUGUCUCAGCUGAGGGUGGCCAAGGUGACAGGAGGAGCCGCUUCUAAGCUGUCAAAGAUCCGUGUUGUCCGCAAAUCCAUCGCCAGAGUCCUGACUGUGAUCAAUCAGACACAGAAAGAAAACUUGAGGAAGUUUUACAAAGGCAAGAAGUACAAGCCUUUGGAUCUGAGGCCAAAGAAGACCAGGGCCCUGAGGCGCCUUCUGAACAAGCACGAAGAGUCUCUGAGGACCAAGAAAACGGCAGAAAAAGAGCGUUUGUACGCAGUGCGCAAGUUCGCUGUUAAGGCAUAAGGCUCAUGUACUGAAUAAAUUCUGUUUGGUAAAUUA